ACCGUCAGUACUCAGUCGUAGUGUAGCAUUGCCAGUGAGCAGUUCAAUACACUUACGUGUCUUUUACGAAUAUUUAGUGCUGUUCGACUUUUUAAAUUAAAUAUAAAAUUAUCGAUAUGAAGAAAUUUGUAAGUCGAGAACUACCGGACAUCGAGAAUCUUUUAAAAUUAAAUCCAAGGGUUGAGCCGUACAGCAACUUGGUACCGUCGGCACAAACCAAGAAAAAUAAACAACAUUGGAAGAGAAAUGAAGAUAGAAAAUGUACCAGCUGUCCAACAUUGGAAAAAAACUUCGAUGACAUCAAGCACACCACCCUGUCUGAACGAGGCGCGCUGAAGGAGGCGGCGAGAUGCCUUAAAUGUGCGGACGCUCCGUGUCAGAAGUCAUGUCCCACGCAGAUUGAUGUGAAGAGUUUCAUCACCAGUAUUGGUAAUAAGAACUAUUAUGGAGCUGCCAAGGCCAUCCUGUCAGAUAAUCCCUUGGGACUGACUUGUGGUAUGGUGUGUCCUACCAGCGAUCUUUGCGUGGGUGGCUGCAACUUGCACGCUAGCGAGGAAGGAGCCAUCAAUAUUGGUGGCUUGCAACAUUUUGCUGUUGACAUAUUCAUGAAGAUGGGUAUCAAGCAAACUCUGGACCCCAAGACGAAGCCGCUGCCUAAAGGUGGCGAUCAGAAGAUCGCUUUAAUUGGUGGUGGACCAGCGAGUCUCAGUUGCGCCUGCUUUUUAGCCCGACUUGGAUACAAAAACAUCACAGUUUAUGAAAAGGAAAAAUAUUUAGGGGGGCUAAGUUCAUCUGAGAUUCCACAAUUCCGUCUUCCGUAUGAUGUUGUGCAAUUUGAAAUAGAUCUCAUAAGAAAUUUGGGAGUGAAAUUCGUGACUGGAAGAAAACUGUCUUCUAAGGAUUUAACAGUUGAUGGUCUUUUAAAGGAUGGUCAUUCGGCAGUUUUCUUAGGUAUUGGUCUACCGGAACCAAAAAGCGUACCCAUUUUCAAAGGUCUUACAGCGGAGAUGGGUUUUUACACUAGCAAAGAUUUCUUACCACUCGUUUCCAAAGGAAGCAAAAGAGGGAUGUGCAGCUGUAAGCCGGCGCUGCCCGCGCUGCACGGCGCGGUGGUGGUGCUGGGCGCCGGCGACACGGCCUUCGACUGCGCCACGUCAGCGCUGCGCUGUGGCGCGCGCCGCGUGUUCGUCGUCUUCCGGAGGGGCUUCGCGCACAUCAGGGCCGUGCCCGAGGAGGUAGACCUUGCUAAAGAAGAAAAGUGUGAAUUCAUUCCGUUCAUGUCGCCACAAGAAGUUAUCGUUCGAGAUGGGAAGAUUGUUGGCAUUAAAAUGUAUCGCACUGAGCAAUCAGACGACGGCGAAUGGUUUGAAGAUCCGGAUCAAGUUCUUCAGUUGAAGGCCAAUUUCAUUAUAUCCGCUUUUGGAUCUGGGCUUUAUGAUAAUGAAGUGAAAGAGGCCAUGACUAGUGUAAAACUAAACCGCUGGGGCUUACCAGAAGUGGAUGAUAAAACUAUGCAGAGCGUUAGCAAUCCUCAAGUUUUCGUUGGAGGAGAUUUAGCUGGAGUUGCGGAGACCACGGUGGAGUCUGUGAACGACGGAAAAACUGCGGCUUGGUACAUGCAUUGUUACUUACAAGGUCUGCCAUAUAACUCACCCGUGGAACUGCCCAAGUUCCACUGUCCUAUAGACGAAGUAGAUUUAUCAGUCGAGAUGUGCGGUAUAAAGUUUGAGAACCCUUUCGGUCUCGCCAGCGCUCCGCCCACCACCAGUUCGGCGAUGAUUAGACGAGCUUUUGAACAGGGCUGGGGAUUCGCUGUUACCAAGACUUUCGAACUCGAUAAGGAUCUGGUAACAAACGUGUCACCUCGUAUCGUCCGCGGCGUCACGUCUGGAGAGAACUACGGCCCGGGACAAGGAUCGUUCCUCAACAUCGAACUCAUUUCUGAGAAGUGUGAAGCGUAUUGGUGUCAGAGUAUAAAGGAAUUAAAACGAGAUUUUCCUACAAAGGUGGUGGUGGCGUCAAUAAUGUGCUCGUACAACGAGGCGGACUGGACGGAGCUCGCGGCGAAGGCGGAGGCGGCGGGCGCGGACGCGCUGGAGCUCAACCUGUCGUGUCCGCACGGCAUGGGCGAGUCGGGCAUGGGGCUCGCCUGCGGGCAGGAUCCGGUGUUAGUAAAAGGAAUAUCCCAAUGGGUACGGAAGGCGGUUAAGAUUCCUUUCUUCGUAAAGUUAACACCAAACAUCACUAACAUCGUUACCAUCGCCGAGGCUGCUUAUGAAGGUGGAGCGUAUGGCGUGUCAGCUAUUAACACUGUAUCAGGUUUAAUGUCUAUAAGACCAGACGCUACGCCGUGGCCGAAAGUUGGUCGCGAAAAGAACACGACUUAUGGUGGUGUAUCUGGUAACGCGACUCGUCCGAUGGGCCUGCGCGCUGUAUCUGCGAUCUCCAACAAGCUGCGGGGAUUCCCCGUAAUGGGUAUCGGUGGGAUAGAUUCAGCGGAUUCCGCUCUACAGUUUAUUAUGUGUGGAGCAUCUGUUGUACAGAUCUGCAGUGCUGUUCAAAAUCAAGACUAUACAGUGAUAGAGGAUUAUAUAACGGGCUUAAAAGCACUAUUGUAUCUUCGAUCGCAAGGACUCACCGGCUGGACCGGUCAAUCGCCUCCGACGCCCAAGCACCAGAAAGGGAAACCUGUCCAGACUCUCUAUGAUGAAAAUGGCAAGGUGUUGGCACAUUUUGGACCUUACAAUAAAAAACGCGAAGAACAGCUACACAAUAUAAGGCUCAAAUCCGAUUUAUUAAGUGACAACAAAGUUGACAAUAUGUUGCCCAAUAAUAAUAUUACCAACGGGCAUGUCAAUGUUCCUCGAAUCCAGGACGUAAUGGGUGAAGCUUUACCAAGAAUAGGAACAUAUAAAAAUUUAGACAAUACGAAACAAGUUGUGGCACUUAUUGAUGAUGAUAUGUGUAUAAAUUGCGGCAAAUGCUAUAUGGCUUGCGCAGAUUCAGGAUACCAAGCAAUUAAAUUUGAUGCAGAAACUCAUUUACCGCACGUUACUGACGACUGUACGGGAUGCAACUUAUGUUUAUCAGUUUGCCCAAUUAUUGAUUGCAUAAGUAUGGUGCCCAAGAAAAUACCGCACAUCAUCAAACGAGGCGUGGAUUACCAAAUUCUCUCUGUUUCACCGCUAAGUGGUGUAUGUCAGUAAAAAAAUCUAUAUAAUUUGCAUAAAAAUGUAUUUGUAUAUAAAAUAUAUAAUUAUCAACUAACAAAAUUA